AUGGCUGUUUACAAUCAAACAGAAACCCAAACAAUAACAAUAUCAAGAAAGAGGAAAUCAAGAACUAGAGCAGACGGCACAACGGUGGCUGAUAGGCUAAAGAAGUGGAAAGAGUACAACGACUUUGUUAAUGCUUCUUCUAUAAAACAAGGAGAGAAACCAAAACGGAAAGCUCCUGCUAAAGGGUCUAAGAAAGGUUGUAUGAAAGGUAAAGGUGGACCACAAAACUCUCAUUCAAGUUUCAGAGGUGUUAGACAAAGGGUUUGGGGUAAAUGGGUUGCUGAGAUUCGGGAACCUAAUAAAGUAAGUAGGCUUUGGCUUGGUACCUUCCCUACUGCUGAAGAAGCUGCUUCUGCUUAUGAUGAAGCUGCUAUGGCUAUGUAUGGUCCUUUGGCUCGGCUUAACUUUCCUCAACACAGUGUUGGGUCUGAGUUUACUAGUACGUCAAGUCAGAGUGAGGUGUGUAGGGGUGAGGAUAAGGCUGUUUUUGUUGGUGAUGUUUGUGUGAAGCAAGAGGAUACCGAUUGUAAAACUAGACCAGAGACUUUAUAUGUCAACGAAGGACAUGAUGCGAAUACAAGGCUGAAUGAGUUUAAUGAGGAUUAUUGGAGCAGACUAUCUAUGGGUUUAGAGAAACCAAAGGAAGAAGAAGAAGUGAUACAGCUGCAGCUGCAGCCAGAUAUGCUUAAUGUUGCGGAUUAUGGUUGGCCUAGUGAUACGCAAAACGAGCUGGGUUUUUGGGAUUCUUUUGAUAUUGAUGAACUCCUUGGUGAUUUGGAUGCAAGCCAGUUAACCGGUCAAGAUCCGUGCCAAAACCAAAACCAAAACCAGGUACACCCUGGUGGUUAUGACUCGCUUCCUUUUCAGCUGGAGCCACACCAUAGUCAUGAGUUCUUCGACUCGAGUUCUCUGGAUCUAUGA